AUGGCUCUCCCCGCUUACAAGACCUCCUUCCUGGAGUCCUCCAUCUCCGCCAAGGUCCUGACCUUUGGCACUUUCACCCUCAAGUCGGGCCGUCAUUCCCCAUACUUCUUCAACGCUGGUACCUUCCACACGGCUUCGCUCCUCUCCGCCCUCUCAACCGCCUACGCCCACACCAUCAUCACCUUCCUCGCUGAGAACCCAUCCAUCCCCAAGCCCGACGUGAUCUUCGGCCCCGCAUACAAAGGCAUCCCGCUCGCCUGCGCCACCCUGCUCGAGCUCCACCGCCUGCAGCCCGACGCCUGGGCCGAGGUGUCCUACAGCUACAACCGCAAGGAGAAGAAGGACCACGGCGAGGGCGGCAGCAUCGUGGGCGCCGGCCUGAAGGGCAAGAACGUGCUGGUGAUCGACGACGUGAUCACCGCCGGCACGGCGAUGCGCGAGACCCUCGACCUGGUCGCCCAGGAAGGCGGUAAGGUGGUCGGCUUCGCCGUCGCGCUGGACCGCCAGGAGAAGAUGCCCGGUCCCAAGGACGCCAGCGGCGUGGAGGACGACGCGCCGCGCAUGAGCGCCAUGGGCCAGAUCCGCAAGGAGUACGGCGUGCCCACGACGAGCAUCGUUACCCUGGAUGAUCUGAUCCGGUUGAUGGAGGAGAAGGGGGCUGGCGAGGAUAUGCGCCGGUUGGAGGAGUAUCGGGCUAAGUAUCGGGCUAGCGAUUAG